UAAUUCUGGGCUAAACCCAAUUUAAUUUUAAUUUUCUCAAGCGUCCAGUAGUUUGCUCGAGGUGUUGUAUUCCUCCUACUUAGCUCACUCUACUGUGCUGACUAGCUGGUGUAUUCAAGAAGCGCUCCAUUUAUAAGGCAGGGACGGACAUGGCGAGUGUACAGUUAUGGCUGUCAGAGUUGGGCUGCGAGCAGUACACAGGCAUUCUUGAGGGCUCUGGUUACAACACUGUAGCCUUGCUCAGCUCAUUAGAUGACUCUUCUUUAUUAAGCCUUGGAGUGUUAGACUCCAACCAUCGUCGUGCCAUCCUAAACAAGAGUGGACCAGGGGACAGUAUAGAUGAUGACUUUGACAAUAUGUUGGGAGAUCUAUCCUCUGUCAUUAAAGACCUGGAAAUGUUCACUGUGCCAACGCACAUUGAUGCUAGCAGUCUACCCACCAACUCUGUACAGCCCAACCCAAUGCCCAACCCACGCUCAUCAUUCAGACUGAUGGAGGCUAAUAGACCACCACCACCAGUGGAGGACUUUGACCUUGAUUCUCUGUUGAAUGAUCUCACAUCGUUCAAUCCUACGGAUGUAGUGGCGGCAAAUGCAGCUCCGCCCACUCCUACACAACCCACACUCCCCUCUCCACACCCAUCUCCUGCUAGACAGCCCUCCACAGGCUCCACCCCCUCACACCACCCUCAUACGGUCACGCCCCCGCCUCCACUCACUCCUGACAGGUUCGAAGCACGGGCACAGACUAUCAUUGAUCAUCGUCGUGGCAACAAUGAGCAGGAGGUGAUCUUGAGGUCAAAGUCUGUCAGCAGUUCCACCAGAGGAGGUUCAGAGGAGCCUACCACACCAACUACAGUGAUGGUACCACAACCUGACCUAGGAGGCACUAACAAAGAGUACAGUCACGACGCAGUUCAACGAAGGAUCUCAGAGAAAGCACUCGAGUUGCGUAAUGAUGGCACUUUAACAGAAGACGAGAGAGAGACUAAACUCAAGGAGGAGAAGAUGAGGAUUGGUAUUGAGAAGAUGCGACUGGCCCACAAGAAGAGAGUCGCUAUUAAAGUGUUCAAUCCUGAUCGCUCUAAUAAGACAGUGGUGGUUGAGGAGGGAAUGACUGCUGGCAUGGUGUGUCAUCUGUUGGUAGUCAAGAACCACUUUGAUGAGAGCCCUAACUGGGUAAUGGUGGAGCAGCUUGGUGAUGUGAGUCUAGAGAGAGAGCUAGAAGAUCAUGAAGGCGUGGUGGAGGUCUACUCCUCAUGGCCCAGGGAGCAUAACAACGUCUUCCUGUUCAAACAGAAUGAGAAGAAAUACGAUCUUUUUGAGGACCCCAUUAAGUACUUCCCUGAUCAUCUGCGCUCCUCUCAAGCCUCUGUCACUAAACAAAGCACACUCCAACGCACUGAGAAAGCUCGCAAGAUCCUACUCCAGGAGUACUUCUCAUCCACGUCCCGUGUGCCUGAGUUAGAGGGUUUCCUACACUUGAAGGAUGGCUACAAGAAGUCCUGGAAAAAGGUCUACUGUAUACUACGCGCCUCUGGUCUCUAUUAUUCCCUGAAAGGCAAAAACAAGACUGCCAAGCAUCUUGUGCUCAUGGUGCACUUUGAUGACUAUGAACUAUUCCAUGGAAUCAACUUCAAGAAGACUCUCAAGUCCCCUUCUCAAUAUUGCUUUGCUCUCAGGCCACUGCCAACACAGUUUGUUCCAGGGCCCAAGGAUAUCAAGGUGUUGUGUUCUGAUGAUGAAUCAGUGGCUCUUUCGUGGACUGCUGGCAUUCGACUGGCAAAGUAUGGUCUCCAACUCAGAGACAACUUCCACAAGGCCAAGAUGACUCAGUUCAAACUAGAGGACUUGGCUGCUGGGGACGGGGCUUCCCCCUCUGCUAAGAAUCGUGCCAGCAAAUUAGUGGGCCUGAGACUAGAGAAACAUUUGGACAAACUACGAUCACAGUACGAAGUUCAGAAACAAGAAGAAGAGGACAAAAAGAACUUCUUCCGUUCCUCUCCCAACGCUUCUCAACGCAGUGAGAACACUGACCAGAACAGCAACUCUCAGACAGAGCUGAGCAUCACUCCUCCCAGUGGACCAUCUGUAGAGGCCUCACCUAUACACACGCGCAGAGAGAUGACACCACCUCUACCAUUGCAGCCAGCCUUUAAUGAAGCACCACCAUUGCAGCCAGCCUUCAAGGAAGCACCUCCCCAGCCUGCCCCUAAACCACGUCGGGGAGUGGAGAAUGGACCACCACCUCCAGCUCCUCCAGAGAGACGGUUUCCACCACAAGAGGCAGCCCCCUACAACCCAUACCCUGCCCCCACUGGACCCCCUCCCCAAGUGUCCCCAGAUCCUACUAAUGGAGACCGGCUCUCACCAGACAAAGAGGCUCUUUUCUCCUUUGCUUGGUAUCAUGGCACCAUCCCUCGUGAUGAAGCUAUGACCAGACUCAACUCUAUGGGUGGCUUUGAUGGGGCUUAUCUAGUGAGGGACAGCACUACAGUCUCCAACUCUUAUGUACUCACAAUGUUUGCCAAAUCUGUGGCCAAAAACUUUCAGAUUUUGCCGAUGGAGCAUAGGAGUGGCAUGAUCAUGUACCGUAUCGAUGAUGGACCUCCAUUUGCUAGUGUGGACCAACUUUUGAGGCACUAUAAGACGAGCUCUGAUCGACUGCCUUGUCGUCUCACAGAGUUCUGCCCUCGUCCACCCACACGCACCACCGAAUGCUGACCAAAUAUAACUUUUUACAUGUGUUUUGUAAACUAAGUGCCUACUUUGUAUUGUAGAGCAAAGUGACUCAG